UGGACACCAGGAGCACAGGCAGAGACCACACUGCACCCCUCUCCUCCGCAGCCAGGAUGGGUCGCAGGGUGGCUCACACAGGCUUUGGGGUGCUGCUGCUGCUCCAGAGCUGCGCUGCGUACAGACUGGUCUGCUACUACACCAGCUGGUCCCAGUACCGAGAGGGCGCCGGGAGCUGCUUCCCAGACGCCAUCGACCCCUUUCUCUGCACCCAUGUCAUCUACAGCUUUGCCAACAUCAGCCACGAUGAGAUUGACACCUGGGAGUGGAAUGAUGUCACUCUCUAUGACACACUGAACGCGCUCAAGACCAGGAACCCCGCCCUGAAGACCCUCCUGUCGGUCGGAGGAUGGAACUUCGGUUCGCAAAGAUUUUCCAGAAUGGCCUCCAACGCCCAGAGUCGCAGGACUUUCAUCAAGUCGGUGCCGCUGUUCCUGCGGACCUACGGCUUCGACGGGCUGGACCUUGCCUGGCUGGACGCUGGGCGAAAUGACAAGCAGCACCUCACCACUUUGGUCAAGGAGAUGAAGGCUGAGUUUGCGAAGGAAGCCCCGCAACAAGCCGAGCGGCUGCUCCUCAGUGCCGCGGUGCCUGCCGGGAAGGUGGCCCUCGACCGAGGCUACGACGUCCGCCAGCUGGCCCGACACCUGGACUUCAUCAGCCUCAUGACGUAUGACUUCCACGGAGCCUGGCGCCGGAGCACGGGACAUCCCAGCCCCCUGUUUCGAGGCCAGGGGGGUGCAAGCGCUGACAGGUUCAGCAAUGCUGACUACGCUGUGGGGUACGUGCUGAGGCUGGGGGUCCCGGCCCAGAAGCUGCUCAUGGGCAUUCCCACCUUCGGGAGGAGCUUCACGCUGGCCUCUUCUGAGAUGGGUGUGGGAGCCCCCAGCUCGGGGCCAGGGAUACCAGGCCAAUUCACCAAGGAGACAGGGAUCCUUGCUUACUAUGAGAUCUGUGCCUUCCUUGGUGGGGCUUCGGUGCACAGACUCCCCGACCAGCAGGUCCCCUAUGCCACCAAAGGCAACCAGUGGGUGGGCUAUGAUGACCAGGACAGCGUCAAAACCAAGGUGCAGUACCUGAGGAACAGGCAGCUGGCUGGAGCCAUGGUGUGGGCGCUGGACUUGGAUGACUUCCAGGGCACCUUCUGCGGUCAGAACCAGCACUUCCCUCUGACAAAUGCCAUCAAGGAUGCCCUCGCCGCAGCUUAGGGCUCUGCCCGCACGCUGGGCCGGGCGCCCUCACCCGGUGGGCCAGGUCACCUGCUCUGCUCCCCGUGUCCUUCCCCGGGACCCACGCGAGGCCCAGAUCUGAGCUCUAAGCUCAGUGUGUGGACACGCCAGUGGCGGUGGGGCAGUGGGCAGUGAGGGCUGGGGACCCCACAGUGUCAGACACGAGACAGCAGGCGGCCGAUGAGGGAAAACGCGCAGCUCCCUUCCCCGGGCCUGCUUGUCCGAGAACACCACAGCAAGACCUCCCACCCAGUCCCAGACACCAGGCAGAAGCAGAGACCACACAGCUUACCCCCUGCUCAGCCGGCUUCACCAGUUUGCCCCUGUCUCCC